AUGUUGCUACUUGCGCUCGCAUUUGAUGUCCUUCAAAGCAAUGCGUUCCGAAUCAACUACCCUCAAAAUGGCGAUCUUGUGAAUGUUCGCAACGGCCUUACCACAGAUUGGUCUUACGAGUCUCACGACUCGAUAUUGCUCCCUCUCUCAAUUCAAUAUGUCGCGGCUUCCCACCAAGAAGAGCCUCCGACAUACAUCAAGGAAGAUCUCAAUGUCACCUUAGGUAGAUUUACGAUUGAUAUCAGAUUUGGUCUCGCCGACUAUCAUUUUCUGCGAUUUAUCUACGGCAGUCAUGAAUAUGAGACUGGGCACUUUGACAUCACUACAUCAAUACAAUCAAAAAAUGCCAGCCAUACAUCAAAGUCUACCACCACAGAAACCAGUUCUCAGGUGCAAGGAACAAACAGCCCUUCGGACUGA